UGGCUCGCAAGAAGGAGCAUGCUCGCUCGCUCGCGACCUGCGUGCGUCCGGUCGUGACACACCAUACCAACGAGCAGUCAGUGAGCAAGCAAGAGCUGCCGCGACGGUCACGCGCUGGAUGGCCUGACGGGAUUGGGUCGAGGAAGAAGUGAAGAAGGAGAAGAAGGAGGAGGAGGGAGAGGAAGAGGAAGAGGAAGAGAGGAUUGUGGUGUUGGUGGUGGUGCUGCCUUAGUGCCUUGUUUGUCGUUCUUACCAACGCCUACGAGCAAGCAAGCAAGCACGCACGCACGCACAUAUCCAGAUGUGUGCAUGCACCAACAUCAGCAACAAGGCAACACCACGCCAGCAUCAGCAACAACACGCCAGCAACACAAGUCACAGACAUGCGACGAGCAAGCUGUCGACUUCCGUCCCCACCCCUGACGACUGAAGCAUUGGAAUGGUCGAGGUUGUGUGGUGAGCACAGCGAGCAAGAUGACAGGAGGACAUGGCACGCCAGCAACAAACAAGCAAAAACGUAACAACAACAAACAAACAACAGCAACUAACAAACAACAAACAAAACAACAGCAAGCAACAACCAACGACGAUCACAACCACCACAACAAACAGCCACCAGCAACGCAAGAGCGCACGAGCUCGUAUUGCACGCAGCAUGCAUGUUGGACGUGAGGAUCCCACCAAAUAUCAUCGCCGCAGCAGCAGAGCACCCGACCCUGACCGCGCCCGCCACUUGCAGCCAUUCCAAAGGCCUUCACUGUUGUGUGAGCAAUGCGAGCAACAGCAAGACGAGCAAGCAAUCCGCCUCGCUCCGUGUCGACGGGUUUGCCUUCGUCAGCCAACACAUCUGUGCUGGUUGCCGUUGUGCACCCUGACGCGAUGAACGGACAACCACAACGAGCACAUUCCCCGCCGCUCCCUUUGAUGUGACAACACACACCAACGCUCUCCCACAAACACCAGCUCUCCCUCCACACGAGAUAGCCACACAGACAGACAGACAGCCAAAAGCAGCAGCUGUAGCAGCGAGAAGCAGCAGUGCAAGGAGCAGCACAGGAAGGACGAGGAAGCGGUGUGCAUCACUCCACACACCCAAGUGAAGCAUCAGCAUCAGCAGCAAAGGAAGCGAAGAAGCACAAGCACAACCAAGAAGGAACAGCCACUUCUGCAUACACACACGCACACACACAUACACACACACAGCGCCCUCUUUGUUUCGACAGCAGCAGCAGCAGCAGCAGCAGUAGACCA